GUCUGUUCCGGAUACUUUAAUUCAGCUACAUGAGUUGCCUCUAAAUUGCAAUGGUAAAAUUGAUCGUUCUCAACUGGAGAAAAUUCUCAGAGAAACCGACCCAUCUGAAACAAAUUCAACUCUAAAGAUUCCAUUCAGACUACAUCUGAGAUCUCUGUGGAUAUCCUGUACAUCGGGUAGCAGCGUCGAUUUUGAAGAAAAGAAUGAAAAUUCAGAUAAAAUUGAUGGAAGAAGCUCGGUGGGUUUUAUUUCAUGUGGUGGUACAUCGAUAUCAGCUGUACAGUUCAUCUCAAAAUUGCACCAGUUUCUCCCCAAGGUUCCCAGUGAACUGUUGACUAAUCUUUUAUCAGACUGUACUUUUGAGGAAUGUUGUAGUUUACUUGAUGAAACAAAGUUUGGGGAAAAUGUUGAGACAAAGUUUUUAGAAAAUGUUCAGUUUGAAUUUGGAGAAAAUAUUGGAACAAAGCUUGUGGAAAAUUUUGAAACAAAUUUUAUACAAGGUAUUGAAACUACUUCCAAUUCUGAUCGUGAAGGGUUUUGUGACUUCUCCAAGCCUGUAGAUUCUGUAGAAAGUAUUGGAGCAAAACAAUUAGAAAAUGCUCCAUCUUAUUUUGUCAAAAAUUUUGGAACAAAGUGUGGGAAGAAUAUUGAGUCAAAGUUUAUAGAAAAUGUUCCAUCUAAAUUUGGAAACAAUACUGAAACAAACCUUGUAGAAAAUAUAGAAACAAAUUCUGUAGAAGCUAUUGAAACAACUUCCAAUUUUAAUCGUGAAGGGGUUUCUGACAUCUCCGAGCCUUUAAUUAAAAGACGAAAAAUUGAAAUAGUUCAGAAUAAUGCUGAUUGUGCUGUUUUGUCAGUGAAAUGCAGAGGCAAACUUAUGGUGUAUUCGGAAAAUGUACAUGAAUGCAUGGAACUAAAUUUAUCCGAGAAAAUUGGGAUGGCUAUUGAAUGGAAGUAUUUUCUGAAGAGAUGUGUGGAUGCGUCUCCGACAGUGAUAGCAUAUCAAAAUGGAGCAACAGUGGUAUCAGUAGGCUCUCAUUCUGGUGACUUGGUUCAACUUGAUUUUAACAGCGGACUUUUGAAAUCGUCUUGUCAUCUGCCGGAUAGGAUUGAGUCUUCAUUGACUGUAUCACAUUGUGGGAAAUAUGGAUAUAUAGGUUGUUAUGAUGGCUAUCUCAGGUGUAUAGAUCUGGAAACUGGACAACCGGUUCUAUCAUUUGCUUCCUCUGGAAUGGUCAAGAGUACUCCCAUAUUGGAUGAGAAAGGAUCAAUUAUUUUUGGGUCAUACGAUCAGCAUUUGUAUUGUAUUUCGGAUGAACUCCAGGUAAUAUGGAAAUGGAAAGGUGGAGGUAGCUUCUAUGCCACACCUUGCAUAGACAAGGAUAGUAACCUAGUAUUCGCUGGUCUACUGGAUGGAACUUGUGUGUGUCUGGAGAUAGAUAAGGAGCCUUAAAGUGGA